GGAGGUUCCACGCUGGGGCUCUGCUGCUCGGCCCCCAACACCUGAGCUCCCAGGAAGAAGUGGAGGUGGCAUUCAAGGAAGACAGCUGAAAACACUCACACAGGCCCCCUGGCAGAGAAGGAAAUCCAGAAGGUACACGCCAGCUGCCAUCUUGCUCCUGAAGGACUAUGAGGCAGAAGAAGGCGCAAGGUCUAAGUGAGCACAAGUGGGGCGAACUGGGGUCCAGCAGGGGGUCUAACCUUCUGCAGGGGGUGGCCUGCCUCAGCAGGCGGGGGUUCCUCACCAUCUUGGGUGCUCAUGCAAAGCCCACACACAGGCCAAGUGCAGGGUGGAGGGCUCCGUUCAAUGACCUUCACAGGUGGUUCUAAACCAGCUCUGCCAAGGGAGCAGCACCAGAAGGGACCAGCCUCACUGCCUGCAGCCAUCUCAGGGAGAACCGGCUGAGACCUGGGAGAGGCCACAAUCAUUACCGCCAAAGUCUGGCAUUCGCCCCUGCCACCUGCCCACACCCCUGGAUUCGAGCAACUGCCUGGAUCAGGCUGGGGUGGGACAAGGCUGUCUCUGGUCUCUCUCUAAAGAGGCUCCAGCUCCCUCACGCCCACAGGAGAGGCAGAAGAGGAAAGUGGCUCAAAGACACAGCCCAGACAGGCUCAGCCUGGAGCUGCACCCUGGGCCUCUCAGGCACCCUGAGACAGGAAGAGGCUCUCCUGGGGCAGGGGUGGAGGGGAAAGGACUUUCCUGGUCAGGCCAGAGAAACAGGUGAAGCCAGCAGGGAGGAGCUGACUUGAGCAGCCUGGGCCUCCUGACACCCUCCAAGCAGACAGGACAGAGUCCUGGCAAAACCUGGAGGGACAUGGUUGGGCCGCUUCGCCAUGGGAGAACACACAAGUGUGGAAACCGGGCUGGUGGGAGAGCUGGGGUGGCCUCUCCCCACUUAGGAGGACAUGCAUGGGUUCAGAAACAGGGCUGGUGGGAGAGGUGCGGCAGGGAGGGGGGUGCUCUCCCUCACAGAACACACAUGAGUAUGAAAACUGGGCUGAUGGGAGAGGUAGGGGGGCCUGGGGGAUGGGGACAGUUUUCACCUCUGCUGACCCUGGCCAGAAGUCCUAUGAACCUGCUCUUGAGAUAACCUGCUUCUUCUGUCCCCAUACUGAUGGAAGGCAAGAGUACCAGCUUGGCAUCCUACGUCAGUCUCCCCACCCCGAGGGACCCAGCGGUCAGCAGGGAGCUGUGCCAGUCCCAAGCACCCUGACAAAACCUGGGAGUGGUGCCUCAAGACAAGGGAACAGAACAGAAAAGCCAGAAACCACCACCAACCUUGGCCUUGGCCGGCAGCCCCUGAAGCAAGCCCUCGGUAUCACUCUCAUCACCAACUUCUCCUACCCUGGGCUGUGUCAGCUAAGUGGGGACUGAGGGCCACCACUAGGUAGAAGUCACCGGGGUGCAAUGCGUGAGACCUGACAAACUCGUUCUGCGGGUUGUGGAUGGGUGCGAGGGUGGAAUCUCGGUGCUGCGGCCAGUGUGGGGCCAGCUGUGGAAGCUCCAGUUGUUCUCUCUGCCCCGGCACAGCCUGGCAGGAGCCCCGACAGGAAGCCAGCACAGCAUGGCCACCACCAACUUCGUGCAGGACAUGCGAGCCGUGGGCGAGAGGCUGUUGCUCAAGCUGCAGAGACUGCCCCAGGCUGAGCCCGUGGAGAUCGUGGCCUUCUCGGUCAUCGUCCUUUUCACAGCCACUGUUCUGCUGCUGCUGUUGAUAGCCUGCAGCUGCUGCUGCACUCACUGCUGCUGCCCAGAACACAGAGGCAGGAAGGUCCAGGUACAGCCAACACCACCAUGAGGGAUGGGGGAUGGCUGAGAAGCUGGAGAGGAGAUGGCCAAUGCCGUGACACAGGUCAUCAGCCUGGCCCUGCAGCCCUCGCCCCUCAAAACCAGGCUCCCCUGGCCACAGCUCUCAACUGGCCCAGGUACCUGGACACUGACACCUGGAGCCCUACCAAGGAAACCAGGCUGGUAUAGCUGCAAACCUCUCACCUGCCUGUGGACACUGGGUGCUGAGGAGUCAACUGUUUCAAAGACUGGGUCAACUGCCUGGGCUUCUUCGCCUAAUUACACUUUUUAACAAAACAAGGAAGUAGGGGUCGCCAUACCUUGAUGGAGAACAGUCCCCAUCUGUGAGCAACUGGUCCUUGGGGUUCUACUGAUCCAUGCCAAAGAGAAGCAAGGCAAUCAGAGGGGCUCUGUGCAAUAGCUUCUGCAUCCGCACUCUGCCAGUGUGUAAGCAUGUCAGUAUUCUAGUCCAGUAUUUGCCCGUUUCCAAGUAAAAGCCUUUGGGUUAUGUU